AUGGGCACACUGUAUUUUGGGGAGAGGGCUAGCGCAGACUUGCACUUGGCCGCAGAGCUGGGGAAGACCCUGCUGGAGAGGAACAAGGAGCUGGAGGAGUCUCUGCAGCAGAUGUAUGCCACCAAUGAGGAGCAAGUGCAGGAGAUCGAGUACCUAACCAAGCAGCUGGACACGCUGCGGCACAUGAAUGAGCAGCAUGCCAAAGUGUACGAACAGCUGGACCUGACAGCCCGCGACCUGGAGCUGACCAACCAGAAGCUGGUGCUGGAGAGUAAGGCUGCCCAGCAGAAGAUCCAUGGGCUGACGGAGACCAUCGAGCGCCUGCAGGCCCAGGUGGAGGAACUGCAGGCCCAGGUGGAGCAGCUGCGGGGCCUGGAGCAGCUGCGAGUGCGCCGGGAGAAGCGGGAACGCAGGCGCACCAUCCACACCUUCCCCUGUCUCAAGGAGCUGUGCACCAGUCCCCGGUGCGAGGAUGCCUUCCGCCUGCACAGUUCCUCGUUGGAGCUGGGCCCGCGGCCCCUGGAGCAGGAGAACGAGCGGCUGCAGACGUUGGUGGGUGUGCUGCGUUCCCAGGUGGGCCAGGAGCGGCAGCGCAAGGAGCGGGCGGAGCGUGAGUACGCGGCGGUGCUGCAGGAGUACGCGGAGCUGGAGCGGCAGCUGUGCGAGAUGGAGGGCUGCCGCCUCCGCGUGCAGGAGCUGGAGGCCGAGCUGCUGGAGCUGCAGCAGAUGAAGCAGGCGAAGACCUACCUGCUGGGCCGGGAGGACCACCUGGCCGAGGCCCUGCUCGCGCCCCUCACCCAGGCCCCGGAGGCCGAUGACCCCCAGCCCGGCAGCGGGGACGACUCGGCCGCCCAGGACGGCGUCUCCUCUCCGGCCGCCUCCCCGGGCCAUGCCGUCCGCAAGAGCUGCAGCGACACGGCGCUCAACGCCAUCGUGGCCAAAGACCCAGCCAGCCGGCACGCGGGCAACCUGACGCUGCACGCCAACAGCGUCCGCAAGAGGGGCAUGUCCAUCCUGCGGGAAGUGGACGAGCAGUACCACGCGCUGCUCGAGAAGUACGAGGAGCUGCUGAGCAAGUGCCGGCAGCACGGCGCCGGGGUGCGGCAUGCUGGCGUGCAGACCUCGCGGCCCAUCUCCCGCGACAGCUCGUGGAGAGACCUUCGCGGGGGCGAGGAGGGCCAGGGGGAGGCCAGGGUGGGCGAGAAGAGCCUGAGCCAGCACGUGGAGGCUGUGGACAAGCGGCUGGAGCAGAGCCAGCCCGAGUACAAGGCGCUCUUCAAAGAGAUCUUCUCCAGAAUCCAGAAGACCAAGGCCGACAUCAAUGCCACCAAAGUGAAGACGCACAGCAGCAAGUGA